AUGCCCCGCGGCGCUGCCAUGGCCGUGGGCGCGCUGUCCAGCUCGCUCCUGGUCACCUGCUGCCUGAUGGUGGCUCUGUGCAGCCCGAGCAUCCCGCUGGAGAAGCUGGCCCAGGCGCCCGCGCAGCCGGGCCAGGAGAAGCGCGAGCACGCGUCUCGGGACGGCCCGGGGCGGGUGGCCGAGCUCGGGCGGCCCGCGAGGGACGAGGGCGGCGGCGGCCGCGACUGGAAGAGCAGGGGCGGCCGCGGGCUGGGCGGCCGGGACGCGUGGAGCAGGCAGAAGCAGGCCUGGGCCGCCCAGGGCGCCGGGGGCGCCAAGGCCGGGGACCUGCAGGGCCGGGCGCGCGGGGACACCCCGCAGGGGGAGUCCCCGGCCCCCGCCGCGCAGGACGCCGCCCGCGCCGACCCGGCGCCCACGCCCGAGCCGCCCGAGGAGUACGCGUACCCGGACUACCGCGGCAAGGGCUGCGUGGACGAGAGCGGCUUCGUGUACGCCAUCGGGGAGAAGUUCGCGCCGGGCCCCUCGGCCUGCCCCUGCCUGUGCACCGAGGAGGGGCCGCUGUGCGCGCAGCCCGAGUGCCCGCGCCUGCACCCGCGCUGCAUCCACGUCGACACGAGCCAGUGCUGCCCGCAGUGCAAGGAGAGGAAGAACUACUGCGAGUUCCGGGGCAGGACCUACCAGACUCUGGAGGAGUUCGUGGUGUCUCCGUGCGAGCGCUGCCGCUGCGAGGCCAGCGGGGAGGUGCUGUGCACAGUGUCCGCCUGUCCGCAGACGGAGUGCGUGGACCCCGUGUACGAGCCGGACCAGUGCUGCCCCAUCUGCAAGAACGGCCCAAACUGCUUCGCGGAAACCGCGGUCAUCCCGGCUGGAAGAGAGGUCAAGACUGAUGAAUGUACCAUAUGUCACUGUACUUACGAGGAGGGGACGUGGAGGAUCGAGAGGCAGGCCAUGUGUACGAGGCACGAGUGCCGGCAGAUGUAGAAACGGGACCAUAACAAAACAGACGUUUUUCUAGGACAUUUUACGGAUGGGAACCUUCCAGAGGACCCUGGGGAGCAUCCUGCAACGGGAGGAGACGUCGGAUGAGGAACGUGGAAGGUGGCGGCGCUUCUGCGAUCCUUGCUCCCCCGAGAGAAAGAAAUGGGUACAUUUCAAAACGUCCACGAGAACUCGGGGCAUGAGCCCCCUCUCUAAAUAAAUGUGCUAUUUUCACAGUAA